GGACAUGCGCGCUCCUCAGUCUGCGCGAGGAGGUGCGUGGUUGUUCCAGAGCCAAUCAAAUUUCAGACAAACACCACGUUGCGUCAUUGUUAUUGUCGUAGUUGGAGCUCCAGCUGCAAAAACACAGAUUUCGCUCAAGUUUUGUCAUCUAAAAACUACUUUCACGAGUGGACCCGCAGGAUUUUACCAGCAGUAUGUCUCUUCAAAAGGACAUUUCGUCGGACGAAAGUCUGCAAGGUAACGUAUAAAUACAACACAACUGUUCAUAGCUCAGUAAUGUAGGAGCUAACACUAGCCGAGAGAGAUGAAAACACAAGUGAACUAAGGUUACAUUUCUUAACACGUAUAGCCAAUGCUGAAAAGUACAAAUGGUUGCUCUUUAAAAACCAUUUUAUGUAAUUAUUACACGCGAAUAGACCCUCCGGGGUACAGCCCAUUGACCUAGUUCGUGUUGCUUAUUUUAUAAUGUUGCGAAAUCAAAUGCCCUCCAGCCAGAUUCAGCCCCUGUCUGUUUAUUUUUGUAGGCUGCGUGCGUGCCACAUAUAGCCCACAUACUGGACACCUCAGGUUUGAUUUUAACAAUGUGUGUGUUUGAUUCAAGGUUCCUGGGUUGAGCUGCACUUCAGUGGCAAUGUCUCCCAAAAUCCCAGUCAUCACGGGAGCCAGGAGCAGAUCCCCACUACGAGUCAGGAGUGUGACGUGGAGAAAAUGCUGCUCGAUGCACAGCACGAGUCAGGAAGAAGCAGCUCCAGAGGAAGCUCUCAGUGCAACAGGUUUGGGGAAGCUGUUCAUGUGCUCAUUUGUCCUGUUGUGCAAUACAGAUUGUCAACAAGUUGGACUCAUGUCAUGCGUGUUUAAGUGACCAAAGUGUUCCUCAUGUGCAUUCCUCACAACAGCCCACUCCGGGCACAGACCCCCCUUCUUCUGUGGAGAGGCUCAGAGGGAAACAGCUCACAGGUAUAUUUAUUUAUUCAUUUAUUUUACUGUUUAUUUGACAAACCAGCUGCAUUGUUUAAGUGUUUUAGCACAUGUGAUAAUUCACACUUUUCCACAUGAGGCGUUUGAAGUAAUAAAAGUAAUGUGAAAAUAAAAAGGAGAGGGAAAAAAAGGAAUACAGUGUACAAUAGAAUUACAACAGUAAAAGAGAGACAGUUUUCUGAUUGAAUACAUACAUAAGCUUCAAAGCAAAGACAAAAUGGUCAAGCAAUCAACCAGUUUAAGACAAAUCGUGUGAGCGCUGUAGUUUUGAUUUUAGCCACUGUUUGAGUCCUUUGUUAAAACCAUCACUGUUGGUCUCUAAUUUCAGAGUAGUGGGUAGAGAGUUCCAAAGUUUUGCUCCCUUUACGGAAAGAGCAGACUGACAGAAUAAAGUCUUGUAUCUUGGGACAAGACAAUCACCACUGGUGGCUCGUGUGACAGUGGUGACAUAUCAUUAUUUAGACAAUUUAAGAGUACUAAAAAUUCCUACAAUUUUUAAAGGUAAACAGGUUUGUUUUGUCCACUGACCAGUCUAAAAAUAGAUCUGUUCAGCUUACAUAUAUAUGUUUUAAUAAUAACCCAGCAGCACAAUGUUUUCAAUGAAUACAACGACAGCAGACAUGGUGCUGGACAUGUACUGACAGUAUCUAAUUGUCCAAAAUUGGUGUCUCUAGUCAGAUGAAGACUUCCAAGAAAGGAGACGAGAAGUGGAGAGCAUAAUGAAGAAAAAUGCAGACUGGAUCUGGGACUGGUCCAGUCGACCUGAAAACAGCCCACCAAAGUAUGUAACUCAUAUCGCUUUGCUAACUACUAGAUUCCUCUCUAAUUUAGUAUGCUUUACAUUUGGUAUGUCUUUAGAUGUACUUAAAUUAGUAAUCUGGAUAAGCAAAAGCAUGGACAGAUAUAGGACAGAAUGUGAAAAUGAGGACAUAAACCCCCUUCAGACAGAUUUUUGUUUCAUACUGAUUUUGUAAUUGUUAUCAUAAAUAAGUUUCUCCAUGAGUAUAAACAGUUUGAUUCACUGAUUUAUUUUGUUACUAGCAGCGUAAAAACAGUUGCUCAACAUAAUUUGUCCUUCGCCAUGAUGCUUUAUGUUAAUUCAUAGUUAGAAAUAGAAAUGAUGCUCUUAUCAGUUGAGGUGUAAGUAUGACAUUAGACCAGCCCUCAUUUGUUUUAAUGUAUUCAACACUGAAAAAUUAAUGUGCUACUCUGUAGGGAGUUCCUGCUGAAGUACCCUAAGCGCACGACCUCUCUCAGCAUCAGGAACACCAGCGUCAUGAAGAAGGGGGGUGUUCUCUCCGCUGACUUUCUCAAGCUUUUCCUUCCCUCAUUAAUCAUUUCUCACAUACUUGCUGUUGGACUAGGGUAAGCAAUAUCAUAUAAUUUCUUUCUAGCAACAUUGCAGUGGCAAAUCACAAGUGCAGUACAUUUCCUGAAGACUUGUAAAAAACAGACUCUGAACCACAUACAGCUGAUCUUAUCAUUUCUAUAAUCCAGAUUUGACACACAGAACAGUGUUUUAAUAUUUUAGAAACAAUAAUAGAGGAAAAAAAGACACUGAUUUCCCUCUUCUUAAUGACACCACUGGUGCAAGCAGACCUUUAAUUGCUCCAGCUCAGCCUGAAUAAUUUAGUGGUUGUCUCUGUGUUAGCCACCUGUCAAUCAAUUGGAGGAUGAUAGAUUCUAGUCCUGUGUUUUGAUUGCAGUUUGGAGAACAACAGUUUACAUCCUUAUUUACGUAUCUUCAUUCACAAUUUCCUUCAUCAAUCUCUUCCAUGUAACAGUAGAAGAACAAAUGAAGCAAAAAUGAAGAAAUACCACGGUGAAAGAUAGCAUAAACAUCCUAAUGUUGCAAGCCUAUAUCUGGUUAAAAUCCAACACGCUUCUUCUGAUGAUUUCUCAGAUUUAAUACGCAAGACUUUGUCAAGCAUCCUAAAGAUAUCAAGCUUAUAUCGGUUUAUUUUGUUGUUCUGAUUUGAUUUUUGAGUGUUUUAACUCAUGUCUUACCUUCAGCGGUCUCUUAUUGUACACAAUCCUUUUUUUUUUUCUUUUAGGAUAUAUAUUGGGAAACGUCUGACCUCCCACAACACCUACUGAGUAGGGGAGCGUUUCUCCACCUCGUCACCUUUAUGUGACCAUCUCGGCAUGCCUUAAAACGGGACCUUCUGCAUAUCACCGGAGCUAUGUGGUGUCAUGCCACUUUUUUGUUUUGAUUGUGUGCCCCAUGUCGCCUACACCAGUUUGGAUAGUGUAGGAUCUGUCAUUGCUGUGACCAAUCCUCAGCUUCUUGCUUGUCCUGGUCUGGAGACGACUGUUUUGCUGCUUCCUGCUCCUUAAAUCUGCACGUCAGGGAACUGAUAAAUGUAUGUAUUUACUGUGUCACUUUUGUCAUAGUUUUUGCUAUGAGUUCUCACUAUAUUUGAUUUAUUACACUAUUGGUUGUUUUUUUAAAGAUCAGCUGUGGAUAAAGGUAAUUUUUGACUUUUAAUUUUUGGGUCAAAGGGAUCAUAAGUCUAUCAGUUGCAUUUUCUGCAAUUAUAUAUCGUCACUUUGAAACAAUCAAACAGCUUGUUCAGUACUGAUACGGUCCAUUUUGUUCAUUCAACACAAAAUAAAGAGAAAUAAACCAGCAACUAACUAUGGAAUGACAUUUGUUAAAGAAAGCUCUGCAUGCAGAUGAACACAAUUAAAAUUUUAUUGAACUUUGGUCAAAAUAAUAAACAAGUGAAUACAUUGCCACCAUGUUAGGAUUCAAUGGACAAAGACAAUGCAUUAUUAUGUGUUUUAAUGUUAUCAGUAUAUGUUUUGUGUAGUCAACCUUCAUUUCUGCAUUCACAACUACGGAGAGAAGAUCCACAUUUGCAGUACGUGGUUCAAAUUUGGGUGAGAUCCCUAACAAAUGAAUAAGGGCACAUGUAUGAGGCCUGUCUGAAUUUCCUACUUAUUACAUUACUCGGAGGCACUCUAUCACAUAAACUGUAUGGUGUGCAAUUUUCCUCCUUAGUGAUUUUCAUAGACAGCCACAUGUAGCAGCAGUAUAUGAGGACAUAACUCUAUAAAAUAGGAUUUACAAAUAAUGCACAUGAGGUUUGUAAAACGUUUGGGGACAUAACUCGUAGCUGUCACUGAUAGAAGUAGGUAUUAAGGCUGCAGAUUCCCUUUGUCCUGGGCCCCAUCUUGUGCCAUGUAGUUUCCAGCCUGCACCCUAAAACAUGGUCAAAAACUUUUAAAAUUAAUCUCUUGACACAAACACAUUGUCGGUUGUCUCUAACAGUGAUUCUGACACUGGUAGCCCCAAAUAGUAUUUCCAUAACAAGUUAGCUUGAGAUCUGCUCAAAGACAGUGGUGUGACUGGACAUUUUUCCACCUCUCUACAACAUAAAAACAUGCAAAGCAAUAAACAUGUUUUAAUACAUACUUCUAAAUUUAAAAACACAUCUGUAGUUUUAGUUUCUUUUAUUAUGUGGAUGACAAGGUGUACUUGAGUAGAUACAGUCAGUGAAAUUAUGUCACCGUAUUGUCUGGGGUAAAGCAAAAGGAGGGAAGGGGAUAAAGAAAACAGGUCCACUUUCCAAAUUCAUGGCCUCUUCCACCAGUAGUUUGGCCUGAAUACAUGGCCAAUGGGGGAAUGUUACAGUUAGGCUUAUUGGCCAUUAAUCCGUGCUUCAGAGGGCCCAAAAUCUUUAAGAUGAUGUUACAACUUUGACAAGACAUCAUUUUGAGGGCUUCCAAGAGUUCUGUCGUUAAAUCAUGAAAUGAAGGCUUAAAAUGUCAACACAAACACCAACGUUCGAGAGUUUGACCUCUAGGGAGUGCCAUUCCAUCAAUUAGACCCGAAUUGGGCUUUCUGGGUCAGGGGGGCAUGUUGAUUGCCCUGGUGCCAAAGGCAAAAACAACCUAAGCUCAGACUCAAAAUAAAACAGGCCUAUGGAUCAACCUCCUGUGGCAAAAAAAGUAGACACGUGCUUUCAAAUUCUUCACCAGGAGGACAACGAGGCUGUUUCUUCUUAUACAGAUAGACAAGUAGUAGGCUUAACUACACGGGUACGGUAAAAGCCCUAUCCUCUGGAGCCCCAAAUCUUCUAGUUGAUUUUGUCCUGGAAAAUGUACAAGUUGUUGGUGGCUGCCACAGCUAUCACGUUAUCUUUGGGGUGCCAGGCAGUGUGGAGGAUCUUCUUGUUGAAGUCCAGGCUGUCCACGCUGAUCUCAUCCUUCUUCCUCUUCCCUCCAGUGGACACUUUGCGCGGUUUCAGCGUGGCCCGUGGUUUGCUGCUCUCCCGGGAUGCCUCCAGUGUGAUGUCCCGCCUGGUGUUGCGGUCGAACAUUCGGAAGAAGUUGUUGUAGGAGCCGGUCAUGAUGGCACUAGUAGAGGAGAGGGAAAAGGAAAAGUGAAUUCCCCAAAUUUACAAGACAAUGCCACCUUAACGUAAUCUUUAACUCUAACUCACAAAACUAUCACAUAUACAACUUUAAAUAAUGCAUGCUAGAAAACAUUUACCUGUCACUGCCAUUCCAGCAGCACUCAAACUUGUCAAAGAUGCAGUCGUUUUCAUACAAGGAGCAGAGCUUACUGCGAAGGUACUCAUGGACCUGAAACAAGAGCAUAUGUAACUUAGCCUACAAGUUCACUUCAACCAAAUAUCUAUAGUUCCACGCCUUACAUGAACAUUUCUCAAACACUGCCUUCCGUAAGUUCUCUUUCACAAUGUCUGUGUGGUUCAGAACCGACCUCAGCCUUGCGUGUCUCUAGUCUAGAGAAACAUCUGAGGCUACUACUUUUGUGAGCUGUGGGGGCCUUGCAUGACAUUAAUUGAACAACCAUUCCAUAACUAGUUUUCAUAUUUAGCCAAAAUGAUGUUAACAAAUUCACACCAAAUUGAAAACUAGGAAUAAAACGUACAGCUGUUGAUAGGAGCUACAUAUCAGCACAAGGCCAAAGUCUACUGUAACAAAAACCACAAAGAUGGAAAAUUUGAUCCAGAAAACACAAUUUUAUGUUUUCAGUCUAUAUGGAUAUCUAUACCCUAUGAGUUCAUAAGGGAUAAUUAUCAUAAGCUAAGUGUCUAUGCACCUGAUACGUCUCCACUGGCCUGUUCUCCAUGUUGAGGUCCCAAACUUUGACGGAGAGGUAGUCACGUGUCAUCAUAUAGCGUCCGCUGUGACUGAACUUCACGUCUGAGAUGGAGGAGAUUAUCUCAGAGAAAAAGGAUCGGCUGCUAGGGUCCUCGGGCUCCUCAAAGACUGAAAUGCAAAGAGAAAUAUCCUUUAGAUUCUUAUUUACGAAAAAAUCAAUCCCACUAUAGACCGGGUUAGGAUUCAAGAACUCUAGUUAAACUAAACAUAUCUUUUUACAGGUAGAGCAACAUAAAUAUCUACUUGUAAUAUUAAAGAUAUUUACAAUUUAGAAAAAAAUAACAUGCUGAUAUCCAGAAGUCUUUGUGUACAUUCAGCACGAGACUAAAAGAAGUAAGAAAUAUUGCGUUGCGGUUAUAAACAAAAGAGGAUCGAUGCGACUAACACACUCAUAUUUUGUUUUAUAGUUCUGUCAAAAUUAGUCAAAAAAUAACAUUCAGUGUUUUCACCUCCUUAACCUCGCAGCACCUUAGCAGAUGUACUUACAUUUUGAGUGCCGAUCGCAGAGUGCUGCUGCUCGCAUAUCACACAGGCGGAUAGUGCCUUUGCUACUGCUGUACACAAAUACAUUGCAUUGGUGUGGAUGGCACUCAGCAGCUGUGAUUACUUCUGUCAGUUCCUCCAUGUUGGCGGGCUUGAUGUCUACAAUAUCUGGGAACACAGUGUUAAGGAACUAACAGUCUUAAGUUUUAAAGCUAAACAAUACAGAUACCAUACCCCACAUGUCCAAUAUGUUCUGUAAUGGAGCAAAAGGAUACUAAAACUUCUGUCUGUGAUUUCCAAGUGCCAUAGAUUUAUUCUUAGGUCAUCUGCAGAGAGGUACGUUUCAUGAUCACUAUUUACAGAAAUGGAAUUAAUGUGAUAGGUGUGCGCAUUUGCAAAGAUCCUCCUUGGGCUUGCUUCUACCAUGAGAUCCAUUGGCAUCAGUACUGGUACCUGAAACAUACAGAUGCACAUUCACUAUGAAAUAACAAGAACAGUCAAAACAAGCCCCCAAAACAACAACCAUCAUUGUCUUUCACUUUAACAUACCCGUAAAGAGGUGAUUCUAAAGGGGUCUCUGAGUCUUCCAUCUUCAUCUUUCAGGUUGUAACCUUCUGCCCGUUUAUCUCUUUCACUUAUUUUCCACAAUUUGAUAGUUUUAUCUAAAUGAAGGCAAAGGGUUCAUUUGUAAGAAUGAGACGUGUUGAACGGCUGUAGUCAGCUUCAUAUCCGAACAAUCAACAAACAAUCAAAGCGUUCAAAAUGAUGAAGUCUUACCAUUUGUUGAAAGUAGAAAGUGAGCAGCAUUUUGUUGGGGUAGCCAUCUUAUUUUAUUAAUUUUUUCCUCAAUUUCUAAACUUUUCAAAUAGUCAAAUUCUGGCUCGUGACUCUGAAAAGUGCUAUAGACGUUGUACUCCCCGCGCAGGUGUGGACGAUUCUUAGACUGAAAGCAGAAAGUGGUACAAGUUACUCCCAGGCUUUUAUGUGCACAUCAGAGAUGAGCAGGUAACUUCUCACAUCAUGAAGAUACUGUUCAGUUUUUCCUCUCCGUUUCUUACCUCCUGUUCAUGCUGAAAAAUCACUACUCUGCCUCCUUUAUCUCCAGUUGCAAGCAAUUCACCAGAAUAGUUGAACUCAACUGUCGAGAUUAUGUCGGCUGAAAUUGACACAGAUGAGAGUAAAUGAGACCAAACUUCAGCUCUAGCGUGCAAAUCCUGCUGUCGACUCAAAUAAUGUCCCUCAGAAGAUCAAUAGUUCAGGGGAGAGUGGGGCAAGAUGAUUAAGAUGAAGAUAUUUCGGAUCACAACAUCAAGGCAGUCAUAGUUUUGUCUUCAACUAGUGUAUCAACAGAAUGAGUGUAAACCAUAGACUGUAUUUAGAAUGGACAGCGUCUGCCUCCUCGCUGGGUGACGCCACUCCGAGAACAGCACCCUCUUUUGACGGGCGCAGUAUAGGUCAUAAAUCCCGCCUCUGCCAGCAAAGCUAAUGGGCUGUGAACAAACUUUAUAGAUUUAUUACACAGAAUAUAAUUUUAUCUCCAUGUAGUUACUGUAAGACUGGUUUGUACUCAAGUCCUCUUUUUUUCUGUACGGCUCCGUUUUUAAAAGUUAUUAGAGGGUUCAUGUUUUUUAUGAUUGACACCUGAUUCGGCCUAUUGGCGUUCAGGGAUUGCGUAGCUCACUCGGUGGUUACACUGUUUGAGCCGAGCGUCAUCACAGCGACUCUCGGCGGCUCUCCCUGCGUACAAUGCUACUGCGCAACGCUGGUUUCAGGAAAUGAAAAAAGAAAUGGAAAUACCGAGAGCUUUUUGGCUUCAAAUCCGUAUACUGGCGGGAAGCGGAACCAAGUUGUCCAUAGUAUAUACAGUCUAUGGUGUAAACACAACUGUCUUGAUAAUAUAGUGUGCCAAAAAAAAAGUGGUGUGUAUGGGGUAAGUUGACCAUAGGAGCAGGGUAAGUUGAGCCGUAUCCGUACUAACCCCCCACUCUCCAUAACUAUUCAACUGGUACAAUAUUUCUUUUUAUUAUUAUUGCAUAUACCUGCUAAAAAGCUGUUUUAUACAAAGCCAUUUUAACAUGAGAAUGUCUUUAAGUGAUUCAGAACAUUCACAGCUGUAUUUCUGAAAAGAAAAAGUAACACAUUUCAACAAUCUGAACUGAAACGCUGAUCCUCUCAUCAGACUAGGCAGGAUAGGCUUUUAUAAGCAGUCUGCUUCUGCUUAUGCCUUUUCAUUCAAUAUUCAACACAUGAUUCUUGGUUUAGUGAUUUUGUGUGAAUGUCAAUAUUGUUGUCAUGACUGAAUAAACGACUACUACUACUCCUUUACUUUCCAAGUUUACCCACUGGCUCAACUUACCCCUGACCAAAUGGCUCAACUUACCCCAGAACUACUAUUAUGACUUUAUUAGUCCUCUAAGCUAAAAUGGAGGACUUUUAUGUCAGGUUGUUCACCUCAUGAUGAAGCUCAUAGAUACCACAAACGAUGUAAUAACCAAAUUUAAAAUGAUCUUUUCUGGUCUGAACACAGUUCUUAUAAAACUUAUGACAGACUAAAUUCACUUUCAAGGAUGAAACAUGUUUUAUUUUUUGUACAUAAAUGUCUAACCUCUUCACCUACGUGCUCCUAACCUUCACAGAAUCCAUGAAUUGAUGCCCAUCUCCUAAAUAUUUGGUCACAUGAUCAAUUUCUUUGACCAUUUCCAAGCUACAGGGGGUGGCUCAACUUACCCCCUUGUCUCAACUUACCCCACUCUCCCCUACUUUAUGAAUGAAUGAAAACAAGCAUGAUGUCACUUGACAAUUUAUGGACGCAGCACAUUGACGUCAUGGACACGGUCGCUCCCCUUUAAUAGCAUAGCCGCCACUUAGCACACAGCUAGCUAGCAACAAACACUCAUUUUAUUAAAACAAAGAAGCGAGAAUACCCGCAAAUAGUCCUAAACCAACUCCAGCAGCUGCCUUACAUUAAGACCUGUCAAAUCAUCUCGCUACCGUGCAGCUCCUGCAAAGCCUCCAGAGCAUCAGCAUCAGAACAUCUAGCUGUAGCCUAGCCGUCAAGCUAAGGUUAGCCACAUACCUUCCGCAACAUCUUCAUCUAUCGCUCCUUUCACUUGAGAGAAACACCACUGGAAAUCAUUUCCUCCUGCAACUCCUGCAGACAAAAACACAGCGUUAGUUUCUUUAUUCCUUUAAUAAGCGAUAAAAUGACACCCAGCCCCCUUAGCCC